AGUAUCUUCCAAGUGUAAUAUUACUACGUAGGUGUCCUAUCCUAUGUUGGCCCGGCCGUGAACGAAAAGGGGCGAGGAGGUCAAAGCUGGGAAAAUGUCAAUGUUUCAGAGGCUUUCUUCAGUUCUGUGCCAGAAGUCUCAUGUACCAUUAUUAGCUAAUGUGAGAUGUGUACAGAAAGCCUCUGGACUUUUACCUGAAGCAAGAGACGAUUACCCCGAGAGAGACCUAAAAAAUUUUCCUCGACCCGUGAGGGCUGAAUUUCCAGGAAAAGUCCGUUUGGGAUUUAUCCCAGAGGAAUGGUUCACUUUCUUCUACAAAAAGACUGGAGUCACAGGCCCAUAUGUCUUUGGCUUGGGUUUAACAACCUAUUUGUGCAGCAAAGAGAUAUACAUCAUGGAACAUGAGUAUUACAAUGGUUUGUCAUUUGCCAUACUCAUUAUUUUUGCUGUGAAGAAGUUGGGUCCAAAAAUUGCUGCAUAUGCAGAUGCAGAAGUUGAUAAAGAAGAAGCAGAAUGGAAGGAAGCAAGAAAUUCUGGUAUAAGAACAUACGAAGAAGCAAUUGAAGAGGAAAAGAAGGCUCAAUGGCGUGCAGAGGGGCAGACACUUCUUAUGCAGGCAAAGAAAGACAAUGUUGCUUUGCAGUUGGAGGCUGCUUUCAGAGAACGACAAAUGAUGGUCUACAAUGAGGUGAAGAGACGGCUGGACUACCAGGUGGAAAAAGAUGCAGUAGACCGGAGGAUUGCCCAGCGUCACAUGGUCAGCUGGAUUGUCAGCAAUGUCCUUAAAUCAAUAACACCUGAACAGGAGAAGCAAUCUUUAAGGAAGUGCAUUGCAGAUCUUAAAGCAUUGUCUGUGCGACAGUAGGUGCUUACAGGAAAAUAAGUAUGCAUUGUUGGUAUUAAAAACGUCAGAACUACGCUCUGCAUUAAUGUAAAUUCCUUUUUGGUAAUUUAUAAAUGUAUGCCUGUUAGUGAACAGGUAUAGUUACAUCAUAGACCAGGAUAUUAUGGUUGUAGUGUCAGACAAAUCAUAUAUAUGUAUUGAAUUUGAGUUUCAACAUAAGGUGAAUAAUGAGAAAUAUAAAUUGUGUAUGAUGGGUGAUACUCAUUUACUGUAUAUGAAAAUGUCCUCUAAAAUUGUAUGUUAACAAUGAUGAAGUUAUUUAUUGUUUGAUAAUUAUUUUAGUUUCUGGAAUGAAAAUUAAGCCUGCAGAUAAUGAACUUCGGUUAAUUGUUUGCCCUAUACAUGGUGCUGCAUUAUAUCAUUCUCAAUUUGAAAAAAGAUUGUGUUUAUACUUUUUAUUUUGUUGCUUUAUUUUUAUCCAUGAAAAAUUAUUUUUGAGAAGUAUCUGGUUCUAACAGUAGUUUAUUCUUUGUCAGAAUAAAAAUAGAACUUGUAAGUUUAUCAUGGAAAAUUGUUCACCUGUAUGCUUCACUCAAAUAAACCUGUUGUACAUAA